CAGUGUUGUGUUGUGGUUUCGUGAACGUAGCGCGAUGACAGCUUGUAGUGGAGACGCUCUAUAUAAUUGCAAGAAAAAGUUAGUGGAGGCUCUGGGCGAUGAUCACGUAAAAUAUUUCCUCUACAUGAAAGAUUGGUUUCGUGGAAAAGUCACAAAAGAGCAUUUCGACAGUAAUGCUCGGGACUUAUUGAAGGAUUCGGAUGUUUAUCUUCACAAUGAAUUUUUACUGGCAAUCCUCACAAAAUGUCAGCUAUUUUCAAGUACACCACCUCCUAGUAAUCUCGUGUCUAUGAGCUAUACAAGUCCCCUCUCGUCUGCUGCUCCUGAAACCUGCAAAGGGACUUUGGUUCAUGACCGAAGCUCAUCAUCAGCUUCCUUAGCCCAUGGUUCUAGUAAAGUUACUACCUCUUAUUCAUUAAUGCCAGACUCACUAACUCCAAGUGCUGUUGUGCCAGAGGAUAUUUUCAAUACAGAAAACUCUAAUGUGGGGAGUGUAUUUAAGGGUUUGCAAUGCAGUUCAAGUCAGCAAAAUAAUUCCAGUGAUGUUCCCAUCUAUUCAAGCAGCUUUUCUUCACAUUCAUCUCCCAAUUUAGUUCCCAAGGAAGAACCAGUGUCAUCUUGCAGUGUUAUUUCCAAUACUGCAAGUAAUUUCAAUAAUAUAAACAAUUAUAAUCAUGCUAGUGUUACCAACAACACUUCAAAUGUGAACUCGCGCAAUGACAUUUUCAAUAAUUCCAACUCACUUUCUAGUAGUUCAAACUUGAGGCCCCUGGGAUCUAACACUGGUGCUUUCACUGUCAAUAAUAGCAGCAGCAAUAUCAGCAUCAAGGUUGAAAUGCCUCUGCACAGUUUGGAUGGUAAUACAAUGCUUGGAUGUGGACUGACUACUACUUUACCAAAUUCAUCAGAGAAGAGAAAAAUGUCCAGCAAAGCUUCUAAGAAGAAGUUGAAGCCAAAUAAACUUGCUUCUGAGCCUGUGUUUGAGCCAGUCUCAAUUUACCAACAUGCCUUCAACACUGCAUUGAGAGAACCACAUGCCAUUCGUGACAGCAAGGCUGGUCACCACACCAGAGUACACUGCCUGCUAGGCUUGGCAGAACUCAGAGGCAGGCUGCUGUUAGCUGCUUGGGAUCAUGGCUUGCAUGCUGCUACUGAAGGAGUUGUGCUUCUCCUACAUCAUGCAACCAAGCAAGUGCUUCAAUCAGUGCUGACUGCUGUCCUCAAGAAGCGUCAUGGCUACAAGGUACGAGAAGGACGAUUCGUCCACAGUCUGGGUACAAGUCCUCCAAAUCCCUGGUUGCGAUCAGCAGCUUCAGCAUCAGACUGGACAGCAGACAGCGUGGGGAUACCUUUGAAAGGAGUGGGGGAGAGUAUUGGGGAGCGACCGCUCUUGAUUCCAACGGCUGAAGCUGCUCAGCAGAAUGGGGCUCACUUAAUGUCUUAUGCACCUGCUCAACCCCCACCUCUUGGCCCCAUUAAUUGUUUUGAACUCUACCACACGCUCAAGGGAUGGCCCAGUCUGUUGCCGUGCCACACAGUCUACUCGCUGUGCAUGGAGAGGCUGUCGAACCGACUGUCACAUCCUGACCAGCGGGCCAUCGCACAAGAGGAGCUUGUGCGCCAGGAACAGCUCUACAGACACCAGCUGCGCCAGUACAGAAUAGCUCCAUCUAUUUAAUGCUAUUAUUAAACUUAGUACCCAAAAUUUAUCAGUACCUGCGUUAUUAAGUAGUACCGGUACUUCUUCUGUAGUUUCAUUUUCUUUGGUUGUAUUGGCCACCCGCAACACUUGUGCCAGAAAUAGAUUCGUCAAUACGGGAAAAUCGGAUUUUUUAUCAAGUUAGUCGCCAAAAUUGGGUUCUCAAGUCACCAAACAAUUGUCAAAUUUAAUCGCUCUUUAGAAUGACUUGGUCAAGUCAGUUACUGAGGAUAAAUUCAAGGUAAAUCAGUUACUUCUAAGGUCAGUUGUCUUCAUAAAAAAUUCUUCAUCAAAAGGCUCUUUUGUUUCUUCUGUGCCAUGCCAAACAUUGCUUUCAUUUUUCCAGUUUCUCCUCGGCCAAUGCCGGCUAUGCUUUGCCUAACACCUGAUAUUCUAGUGUUCAUCUACGUAUGUACUUACGUCUUAGCUAUUUGUUGCGCUUGAUUAAUUCACUAGGAGAAAUAAAUUUAGUUGGGCCAUAGUCACAGAGCUAGAACUAGUAGCCAUUUGUUUGCAUUUAUUUUUAUCAGAUUUUCUCUGCUUCUGCGAGAUGAGUUGCUGCGUCAAUCACUCUCUCUCACUUAUCAAUUACCAUGUGACAACAAACGUGCGAAUUUAUUUCAUUUGCUGAGUAUUGAACAUUUUUUGGCCCGAUGUGGAUAA